AUGUGCGCACGAAACAGAACUACUGUAACUUCAGACGACCUAUAUCGAACCGACCUGUAUACGAGCCUUACAGUAGAAAUCACCAUUAAUGUAUUGUACUUUACUCUGGGGACCUUGUCCGUCUCUGUGUCCUGGGUUCAGGACCCAUAUCGACCCACCUAA